ACGACCGUGGGUGGACAACGAGACGCUCCUCUCGACACCGCCGCAGACUCCUCCUAGCGCGUCGAGGCGAUGCAACGACAGAGAGGUGAGCUAUCGGCCGUGAUCGGACGCCGUCGGUCAGAACGGGCAGCGCACAACCCCCUACCCACUGCCACACUGGCAGCCACCCCGGAUUUAAGUAAAUACUUAAGAUCCAGGUGAUAUUGUUUAUUUUUUGCGUUCGGGCGGUGAGGAGAGUGUGUGUAGUCGUCACACCGGAGACAGCGCGAGACGGGAGAGAGAGUGGCAGUGAGCACCUUCGAGCCCUCGAAGGCGAGACUUGUGCGCCAAGAGAGUUUUACAUAAUAACCACAUCGAACCACAGUGUGUGCGGGUGGACGUGCGUACGUACCUAUACAGUUGACGACGAGAUUCGCAACCAUGCAGUUCAUCACAAUGCGGGGACAAUUAACGGGGAUGAGUUUGUUGUGCGCUCUGCUCCUGUUUUAUCUUAUCGCCGAAUGUCAUUGUGAAGUGGACGUUAGAAACAAGGGACGUGGCAAGGGAUCUAUGUGGUGGGGCAUUGCAAAAGCAGGCGAACCAAAUAAUCUCUCACCAUUGUCACCAAAUGUCAUCUACAUGGACCACUCCGUACACAAUACACUACGACGUAAACAACGACGCUUAGCACGUGAAAAUCCUGGGGUAUUGGUGGCGAUUGCCAAAGGAGCCAACAUGGCCAUCCACGAAUGCCAGUAUCAAUUUCGUAAUCGCCGAUGGAACUGCUCCACAAGAAAUUUUCUACGGGGAAAGAACCUCUUUGGCAAAAUUGUUGAUCGAGGAUGUCGAGAGGCGGCUUUUAUUUACGCCAUCACAAGCGCGGCUGUUACACAUUCAAUUGCACGAGCCUGCAGUGAGGGGUCAAUUGAAACGUGUAACUGUGAUUUUAGCCAUCAUAAAGGCCGGCCGCACUCUUCAAAUAGUCCAGCGGUGUCAGGCGUACGCGAUUGGGAAUGGGGCGGCUGUUCGGACAACAUUGCGUUCGGCUUUAGAUUCAGCCGUGAAUUCGUCGAUACAGGCGAGCGCGGUCGCAGCCUCCGGGAGAAGAUGAAUCUGCAUAACAACGAAGCUGGUCGAAUGCACGUGCAAAGCCAGAUGCGUCAAGAAUGCAAAUGCCACGGCAUGUCCGGAUCGUGUACGGUGAAGACGUGCUGGAUGCGCCUGCCACCGUUCCGCGUCAUCGGCGACAACCUCAAGGACCGCUUCGACGGCGCGUCGCGGGUAAUGGUGAGCAACGCAGGUGCGCGCAACAACGCGGCUAGCAGUCGGCCGAAACAGGACAAGAUCAGCAACAGCAUAACCUCAAACAGCAUCCACUCCAAACGCGAGAAUAAGCCACGGAAAUACAAGUACGGCUUUCAGCUGAAGCCCCACAAUCCCGACCACAAACCUCCAAGCGCCAAGGAUCUCGUCUACAUGGAACCAUCGCCUGGCUUCUGCGAAAAGAACCCUAAACUAGGUAUUCAAGGCACACACGGCCGUCAGUGUAAUGACACCUCCAUUGGCGUCGACGGUUGUGACUUGAUGUGCUGCGGGCGCGGAUACCGCACGCAGGAGGUGGUCGUCCAGGAGCGCUGUAACUGCACGUUCCACUGGUGCUGCGAGGUGAAGUGCGACACGUGUCGAAUCAAGAAAACAAUACACACGUGCUUAUAAACACAGUAAUUUAAACAUUUAAAACACCCUGUAUAAAAAUCAUCAUCAUCGUCAUCAUCAUCACACACACGUUAAAAACGCUUACUCGUGUUUAAAUAAUUAUGUUUAAUUAACGAAAUCGUUGGUUUGUUGGUACGCCCCAAAGUAUUAAUUACGAUUUAAUUGCGCUGGCCGCUACCCUCCGCGAAGCAAAACUUAACGAUUUUCACACAACACAGCUACACAUAUACAUGAGGACACGCCAAUCAGUAUUACAGACGCAGGGAGUUUGCGCAAGUUGUACAUAACCUAUAAAGACUGAUUAAUAAUUUAAUUGUUUAUUUAUAAUUACUGCAUCUAUUUACGAUAAUGGUAUUAAUUUAAUUAUGCUCGAGUCAUAUAUGUGUGUUAUCUAUACGCUGCUGUCUUCUCAUAGAUCACUUAAGUGCUUUAUUUAAUUCGUGUACAUAUGCGCUAUUAGUUUAAUAUUUAUUCGACGUGUACAUAGAGAAUUAGCCCCCCCGAUACUCAAACAUUUCUUUAGUUGGUUAGUGUGGUUCAGCGUCCAGGGCAACAUUUAUCGCGCGUAGCUGAAAGCCACGCGACGUUUAAACGCGCUCGGCUAGCCGACCCGCUCUCAGAGUUUGUGACAUGUUAAAUUAUGUAAAUAUAGAGCAAUUAAUUAUUAUUCCAUGACUGUAUUAUAUAACUUAAUUUCAUUAAGUGUACAUAAUCGCGCUGGAACAUGACAAGUGGCACGCAGCGACUUGCACAUACGUGUUGCGAUCAUUUUUAACGUACUGACAUAUAUGUUUUCUCUUAUUUAAUUAUGGAAAUGAUUUUUUUUGGAAAAUAAAAUGUAAAAUACCUGUUCA